GACAGUAUAUGGAUGUGCGGUAGGAUAGACUUUACAACCAGGUCUUCCAGUCAAAACCAGUCAGACUGUAUUCGUCUCUAUUGCAUGGCAUACAUUAUUUCGCCUUCAACAAGCUAAAGCCACUGUUUGGUUGUAGAAAACAGUCACAGCUCGCGACCGACUCUACUGUGUCGCAGCUAACGCGAAGUUAGCUAGAAUGCUAACAUCAUGUUUAACCCAUUAGCCGGGUUACCAGGUGACCGAAAAUCCAUGUACGGUCAGUCACAAAACAGCGUGUACAAAAGUGGCGAUAAGACCAGCCCGAUUAGCGUCAUACUGGUUAGCUCUGGCAGUCGAGGGAACAAACUGCUUUUCCGAUACCCUUUCCAAAGAGUGGCUGAAUGUCCGUCAUCUCUUAAAGGGAAACAACGGAGUCCAUAUGCUCUGAACACAACCGGGGAUGGUCUUGAAGAUCAGGAUGGUGAUUCAAGAGAACAAUCUCCACUAACUGACGAACAGUUGGUAGCAGGGUUCUCGGACAUCAUCCUCGCCACCAUCCUGGCCACCAAAUCUGACAUGUGCGGGAAGAAGUUUGAACUGAAGAUAGACAAUGUUCGAUUUGUGGGUCACCCUACUCUCCUUCAGCAUCCUCCCAUCAUCCAGGUUUCUAAGACAGAUCCCUCACCUAAGAGGGAAAUGCCUACGAUGAUCUUGUUUAAUGUGGUGUUUGCACUACGGGCAAAUGCUGACCCAUCAGUGAUCAGCUGCAUGCAUAAUUUGUCACGCCGUAUUGCCAUAGCCUUGCAGCAUGAGGAGCGGCGCUGCCAGUACUUGACCAGAGAGGCCAAACUGAUGCUGGCCGUCCAGGAUGAGAUCACCACUGUGACAGAAACGGAUGAAAGUCCUCAGUCCCCAUUUAGACAAAUUCUUCCGAAAUGCAAACUAGCCAGAGACCUGAAGGAGGCUUAUGACAGCCUUUGUACAACCGGCGUAGUGCGACUACAUAUUAACAACUGGCUUGAGGUGAGCUUCUGUUUACCACACAAGAUCCACAGGAUUGGCGGCAACUAUAUCCCCCCUGAGGCGUUAGAGCGCAGCCUUAAGGCUAUAAGACCCUAUCAUGCUCUGCUGCUUCUGGAAAAUGAAAAGGCACUGCUGAGCCAGCUGCCUCUGGACUGCUCGCCUGCAAUGGUGCGCCUCAUCAAAACCUGCUCAGCUGUGAAAAACCUGCAGCAGCUCGCACAGGAUGCUGACCUGGCCUUACUUCAGAUUUUUCAAAUUGCUGCUCACUUGGUUUAUUGGGGCAAAGCGAUCAUAAUCUACCCACUAUGUGAAAACAACGUCUACAUGCUGUCUCCUCAUGCCAACAUCUGCCUAUACUCACCGUUGGCUGAGCAGUUUGCACAGCAGUUUCCUGGUCAUGAUCUGCCCUCCAUGUUAGCCAAGUUCUCAUUGCCUGUCUCACUGGCCGAGUUCAGAAACCCUCUGGAAGCUCCUGCACAGGAGGCCCAGCUGAUCCAGAUGGUGGUGUGGAUGCUCCAGCGCCGCCUGCUGAUCCAGCUGCACACUUAUGUCUGCCUUUUGGUACCUCCCAGCGAGGAUGAGCCCGGGAUGAGGGAUGAAGACCCUCCACUGGCAGCCAGAGUAGGAGGCCGCAGUCUCAGCACCCCUAGCGCCCUCAGCUUUGGCUCCCCAACCAGCAGUGAUGACAUGACUCUCACCAGUCCCAGUAUGGACAACUCCAGUGCGGAGCUACUGCCUGGUGGGGACUCGCCACUAAACAAGAGGAUGACAGAGACGCUGCUUGCCAGCCUGUCAGAACAUGAGAGGCAGGUUAUUCUCAACAUCCCGGCUGCACAAAAUCCAGAGGAUCUGCGGAUGUUCGCCAGGCUGCUGCACUAUUUCCGGGGACAUCACCACCUGGAAGAGAUUAUGUACAAUGAGAACAUGAGGCGCUCACAGCUCAAGACGCUGUUUGACAAGUUCCGCAGUGUCCUUGUGGUGACCAACCAUGAGGAUCCCAUUAUUUCAAUCUUUCAGUCACCCAUGGAGUAGUGGCAUAUCGACUGUAUCAGCUCUCACCAACUGGAAGAAAUGUCAGCUUGUGAGCAGUUAGCCUGCGGUGCUCACAGCUAAGUGCUAUUGCUCAACGGUGUUUUUAAAAUGAACUGACACAAUGAUUGCGUUCAUGAGUGCAGAUUUACAAAAUGUAGAAAGUGUUUUUUUUUCCUUUAUGGGCCAAAUGUUUGUUUACAAUAUUAAAUUAUUUUAUACAUAUCA